UUUAUUUCUGAAAUCAUGUGAUCAGGAGAAAUAAUAUAAGUUUUGUUUUAUCUGUAUUUAACUGGAGAAAGUUGUCGUGCAGCUUAUGAGGAUAAGGUUUCCAAGGAAAGCCCUCUGACAGGAUGCUGAUUCCCACAACAAAGUACAUCAUGAUGGAGAAGAAGACCAUGCUGAGGCCCAGCAGGAUGGCUCUUUCCUCUCCUGCCCUCAGAGCUGUCACUGUCUUCCUCCUGUCCAGGACCUCAUAUUCACGAAUCUUCUGGUAGAUGGAUCUAAAAAAGGAUGUCAAGUACAUCCAGACAGACGGGUACCGCGCACCGGAGGCUGAGCUUCAGAACAGCCUGGCUCAGGCGGGGGUGGAAAUGGAGGGAGACUCGGGCUGCACGGCCGCCGUCGACCUGUGGAGCUUGGGCAUCAUCCUGCUGGAGAUGUUCUCAGGAAUCAAACUCAGAGACACCGUCCGCUCGCAAGAGUGGAAGGAUAACAGCGCUGCCAUUGUAGACCAUGUCUUUGCCAACAACAGCCUGGCAUGCCCUGCCAUCCCCGUCUAUCACCUCAGAGACCUUAUCAAAAGCAUGCUUGUCACCGAUCCAAAACAAAGAUGCACAGCUGAAACUGCCCUGCUGAGCCCAUUCUUCAGUAUUCCCUUUGCACCUCACAUUGAAGACCUGGUUCUGCUGCCUUCUCCUGUUCUGCGUCUGCUCAACCUAAUCGAUGACAGCCACCUGCACAAUGAGGAUGAAUAUGAAGAUAUCCUGGAGGACAUGAAAGAGGAGUGCCAGAAGUACGGAUCCGUGGUUUCUCUGCUCAUCCCCAAGGAGAAGCCAGGGAAAGGACAGGUGUUUGUGGAGUAUGCCAACUCCAGCGACUGCAAAGAGGCUCAGAGGCUGCUGACAGGCCGCACCUUUGAUGGAAAGUUUGUCGUGGCUACCUUCUACCCUCUGAGCGCCUAUAAAAGAGGUUACCUCUAUCAGACUGUCCAGUGAACUUUUAAAUCCUCAAUUUACACCUCAGCAUAGUUUGCAUGUUAAAAACACAACUGCAAAGGUCACCAAUGAGUAGCUGCCCUGCAGUUUAAGCUCUUUCAGAUAUGAGUGAGUGUAGUUCUGCAUGCAGUUUUCUACAGCAAAUCUGUGUUUCAUGCAGAGUGCAAACUGAGCUGUGGUGAGCCUCCGCCUUCAGUCUG